AUGCUUAAAAAUUCAACCAAGAAAAUUUCUAGCAUUCUUCUCAACCAACAACAACGUUCUGGUUUGGUUGGUGGUUCUUUGGCCAAACAAUUAGCUGCUGGAUCUUCAUCAAAUAAUAAUAGAUUUUAUCAUAGUAUUACAAGUGCUGAAAAUACUCAUAAUAUUCUUGAAAAUAAUAUUCAUCAUGAUGCCGAAUACAAGGCAAAUUAUACUCACAAUAUUCAAGGAGUUAAUGAUUUGAAGAAUUUGGUUGAAAAGAUCAAGUUGGGAGGUGGAGAAAAGUAUAGAAAGAUGCACACUUCAAGAAACAAGCUCUUGGUUAGAGAUCGUAUUAAUAGAAUGUUGGAUGAUGGAUCUCCUUUCCUCGAAUUCAGUCAAUUGGCUGGUUAUGAAUUGUACGGAAAGGAUGAAGUACCUGCUGGUGGUAUUAUUACAGGUAUUGGUAAAAUUCACGAUCAAUUGUGUGUAAUUGUUGCUAACGAUGCAACUGUUAAAGGAGGUACAUAUUAUCCAAUCACUGUAAAGAAACAUUUGAGAGCCCAAGAAAUUGCUGAACAAAAUAACUUGCCAUGUAUUUACAUUGCUGACAGUGGUGGUGCCAACUUGGAACAUCAAGCUGAUGUUUUCCCUGACAAACUUCACUUUGGUAGAAUUUUCUACAAUCAAGCCAAUAUGAGUGCUCAAGGUAUUCCACAAAUUGCUGUAGUUAUGGGUAAAUGUACUGCAGGUGGUGCCUAUGUUCCUGCAAUGGCUGAUGAAAGUAUUAUUGUAAAGGGUAAUGGUACUAUUUAUUUGGGUGGUCCACCAUUAGUUAAGGCUGCUACUGGUGAAGAAGUUACUGAUGAAGAAUUGGGUGGUGCUGAUGUUCACUGUAGACAAAGUGGUGUCACUGAUUACUAUGCCAAUGAUGAAACUGAAGCUAUUUAUUUGACAAGAAGAAUUAUUUCAAAUCUCAAUAUGAAAAAGACUGACUUUUUGGGAAAGAAUAAUAGUAAUAGAAAUGAAGUUCCAACAUCUUUUGAAGAACCAAAAUAUAAUCCAGAUGAAAUUUUAGGUAUCAUUCCACGUGAUGGUAGAAAACCAUUCGAUGUCAGAGAUAUUAUUGCUCGUAUUGUCGAUGGAAGUAGAUUUGAUGAAUUCAAACAAUUAUACGGAACUACAUUGGUGACAGGUUUUGCCAAGAUUUAUGGUAAGCCAGUUGGUAUUAUUGCUAACAAUGGUAUCUUGUUCUCAUCAUCUGCUCAAAAGGGAGCUCACUUUGUUGAAUUGUGUUCUCAAAGAGGUAUUCCACUCUUGUUCCUUCAAAAUAUUACUGGUUUCAUGGUUGGUAAACAAUACGAAACCAAUGGUAUUGCUAAGGAUGGUGCCAAGAUGGUCAUGGCUGUUGCUUGUGCUAAGGUUCCAAAGAUUACUGUCCUCCUCGGUGGUAGUUUCGGUGCUGGUAACUAUGGUAUGUGUGGUAGAGCUUACAAUCCAAGAUUCUUGUACAUGUGGCCAAAUUCUAGAAUCUCUGUCAUGGGUGGUGAACAAGCUGCUGGCGUCCUUUCCCAAGUUAAGGUUGAAGGUAUGAAGAGAUUAGGUAAGGAAGUUCCAGAACAAGAAAUGGAAGAAUUCAAGAAUGGUAUUAGAGCCAAGUAUGAACAUGAAGGUCACCCAUACUUCUCAUCUGCCAGAUUGUGGGAUGAUGGUGUCAUUGAUCCACGUGACACAAGAAGAAUUCUUGGUUUGAGUUUGAGUGCUUGUGAAAAUGGAAAGAUUGAAAGUCCAACUCAAUUCGGUGUCUUUAGAAUGUAAAAAACUUAACAACAAAUAAUAACAAUAACAAUUUUGCUCA